AAUAAAGGAAUGGAGCCGGAGCCUUACAAGUUGGAAAAUAUCUAUUCGAAAACCCAAAUGAUCGAGCCACACUUCAGGCAUAUUAGCAUAUAUACCACUUCAACUUCCUAUUUGUUCUUCACAAGUCUUGAAGUGUCCACAAGUAUAAAGUGCAUGGCAAAUAGGCUUGAAAACAUAAAGGAGGAAGGCGUGGAGAAUUGGCUACCGGCAGCAUGUCCACUGCCCCACACCCCAACGGAAUCCAUGGAGUUUCUGGGGAGGUCAUGGAGUGUUUCAUCUGUGGAAGUCUCGAAAGCUCUUUCCCACACUUUUGUUGAAAACCAGAAUUUAUUUUGCAAUGCUGAAGGUAAUCAAGAGAGUUCAUCUACAGUGUCAGAAGAACAUCAACCUCAACCAUUAGCAAAACCAGACAGCCCUCCAGUUUCUCCGAGAAAAAGUGAUGAAAUGAAGGAAUUGUUUCUGAUUCAUCAAGCUCUCAACCAAGAUUUUCUUUCUAAUCAUCAAUUACUCAAAAAUGGGCUAUACAGGAACAUUAUGAGAGGAAGGACAAUGGGUAGAUGGAUAAAGGAUCAGAAAGAGAGGAGGAAGCAUGAGAUAAGAACACACAAUGCUCAACUGCAUGCAGCAGUUUCAGUGGCUGGUGUUGCUGCAGCAGUGGCUGCUCUUACUGCUUCAUCAGCAACAUUAAGCAAAAAUUCAGGUAAUAAGGAGCGCUCAAAAACAUCAAAUGCAAUAGCAGCAGCAGCAGCUCUAGUGGCAUCACACUGCAUAGAGAUUGCAGAGGACAUGGGAGCUGAGCAUGACCAGAUUUUAUCAGCUGUAAAUUCUGCUACUAUUGCCAGGAGUAAUGGUGAUAUAAUGACCCUCACUGCUGGAGCAGCCACUGCAUUGAGAGGAGCUGCAACAUUACGAUCUAGGCUGCAAAAGGGUCCUACAACUAUGGCAUUGGCUGAGGAACACGUUGAAGAAGGCAAAGAGUUAAAUGUCUUGGCAGCCUUAAACUUUGUUUUUAAAGGGGGGGAACUUUUAAAGCUUACAAGAAAAGGGGACCUUCAUUGGAAGCAAGUUUCUUUCAAGGUCAAUACAAAAUGGCAGGUGGUAGUAAAAAUGAAAAGCAAGCACAUGGCAGGAACUUUUACAAAGAAAAAGAAGUUUGUAGUCUCUGGAGUCUAUGUUGAUGUCCCAGCAUGGCCUGGAAGAGAGACGGAUGAUAGCAAUGAAGAGAGGCAAUAUUUCGGGAUAGAAACCUCUGAAAGAGUAAUAGAGUUUGAAUGCAACACUAAAGACGAAAAACAAAAGUGGAUAGAGGGCUUGCAGCAUUUAUUGAAUUGCCGAGCUAAUAUGCCAAGGUUUACGUAAAAUAUAUCUUCAUUUGGUCCUUGGACUUAGAAAACCUUAAGUUAUUGGCAUGUAAUCAAGCAUUGGGGUUGGAUUUGUACAAUGAGUGGAUUUUAUUUAUGUGAG